AUGGCACCAUCAAAGCAAAAGCACCAUUUCAUCCCUCGAUUUAUCUUGAGAAAGUUUGCACCGGAAGAUCAACCCCCAGCAGGGCCGGCAAAUAGGGGUAAAAAGAAGAAAACCAGAAAGCGUCUUGACUUCCUGGUGAACAAGAUUGAUCUUGAAAGAUCCGUUUUGACUCAGCGACCAGUUUCGACCGAGUUUGCCCUCGUCGACAUGUAUCGAGACCCCGGUUUCGAUGAGAAUCCUUACCAAGUUUUCAGAUCUCGAGCGUCAAGUGAGCGAGAUUAUUCGGCGCGCACACAACCAAUUUUCUCGAAGCUUGACCCUCGAACUCAAUCGGAUUGA